AACCGGCAGUUAUGUGGUUUUCGGGGCGCCUCCAACGAUCUCGUGAGGGGAGCAGACAAACUGGGGUUCGUGUCUUUCAUAUUGUGACGGACCCAGAGCAUCCCCUAGCAGGCCCUUAAAUGUAGUAUAUUGAGCCGACCUGCGACUCUCUCCCGGCUUCCCCUCACGGUUCGCUCCCGGCUUCCCCUCACGAUUCGCUAUACGAGAGCUAUAUCAGCGGCCCUCCGACGGGCUGUACCUGCAGCCCAAUCUCGGCAGCCCGGCUUGGCUGAGUGGAGGCGCAUGGCGGUGUUGCGUGUUUCGGCCCCUAGUUCUGUUUCCACGCGUUGAAGGGGAGGGGGUUCGGAUAUAAAGCGCCUCGCGAACGACAUGUUCACGGCCACGAAGCUGUGUAGGAAGUAACACCACCUGAAGGCGAACUUGUCUCGCGGUUGUGACUCAGCCGACAACGUAAACACAAUGCUGCGCUCCCUCGUCUUCGCCGGCCUCAGCCUCGCCGCCACGGCGUCGGCGGACUGCACGCGCGACUUCCUCAAGAGUGUGACGGCCAAGUACGUGGCGGCGCAAAGGGCGGGCCAGAGCGCUAGCAUCAGCGCGUUCGCCACAAACCCCAACUUCAUCUACCUCGAGAACAACCAGGUGGCGGAGCUGAGCACGGGCGUGCUGUCCAAGCCACUCAAGGUCGACUUCGAACGCAGCGCGCACGACACGGUCGAGUGCGCGACCUUCACGGAGCUGAUCGCCGCGACGGACCCGCACCCGUACGUGAUCCACACGCGCAUGGUAUUCGGGGCCGACGACCAGAAGGCGACGCUCAUCGAGUCCGUCGUCACCGACGACGGCGACUGGCUGUUCAACGCCACGGGCACGCUGCAGCUCAACGCGGGCGAGGCGUGGGACGCCAUCCCGGCCGCCCGGCAGAACUCGCGCGCCGUGGUCAAGGCCGCCGGCGACGCCUACUUCAACCGCUUUGGCAACGUCAGCGUGACAGUCCCUUGGGGCGCCCCCUGCUACCGCCUCGAGGGCGGCCUGCCCGCCCGCGGCGACCUGCACGGCGACGACUGCGUCAUGGUCUGGCCUAGUACUAUCUACGUGCCGUACCGGCGCUAUGUGGUCGAUGAGGAGCUGGGUGUGGUCGAUAUCUUUGUGGGGUUUCCUGGGCUUGAUCGCACGCAGGGAAAUAAUCCCAUGCCCGACAGCCACUUCUUCCGCGUCGAGGGAGGCAAGAUCAAGUACCUGCACACGGCCUCGGCCUGUGUGUCCAAGGGUUGUGGUUUGAACGAGAAUGACGCAAAGCCCGAUUUUGCCCUCUUCACCGCCUCCCUGCCUGCUAGGGUCUUCCUGUAG